AUGAAUGGCCCUGACAUGGAGGAAAUUCCGUUUCAGAAAGUCAAAACCCGGCGGAAGAAAAGCCACUGUCCACCCGGCGUCCCUCUGACUACCAUUGCAUGCGAGGACGAGUUCGACUGUAAGGAGCUGGAGUCUCUGUUCCAGAACUACAACCUAAAGCUGGAGCAGACGUCCACUCUCAAAGCCCUGGCGGUGCUCAUCAUCAUGGCAUCGACGCUGGCCGUGGUGGAGUUGCUUUCCGGGCCCAAUCUGACCAUCUCCAAGGGGUCCCAUCCUGUCCACUGUAUCGUCUUCGUAUCCCUCUUCAUUGUCACCAACGUCAAAUACCUACAGGUGACCCAGCUCCAGCAGAUCGUCAACCUGACCUUGCUCUUCGCCUUCACCUUCUCGUUCCUCUGCUGUCCCUUCUCUCUCGGAGCCGUCGGGCUGGAGCCCCCGACCAACCCGGAGCAGGGCAUGUGGCAGCUCAUGCUGGUUACAUUCGUCGCCUACUCGCUCCUGCCCGUGCGGACUCUGUUAGCAGUACUGUUUGGAAUAAUGAUUGCCAUCUCUCAUAUAAUUGUGACAGCGACCUCGGUGACAGUCAAGACGCAGAAAUUAUGGAGAACGCUGGUGGCCAACACAGUGCUGUUUACCAGUGUGAACCUGUCUGGAUUGUUUGUGCGCAUCCUGACUGAGCGAGCCCAAAGGAAGGCUUUCCUACAGGCACGCAACUGCAUCGAGGAGAGGCUACGCAUGGAGGACGAGAAUGAGAAACAGGAGCGCCUUCUGAUGAGUUUGUUGCCAAGGAACGUGGCAAUGGAGAUGAAAGAAGAUUUCCUGAAGCCUCCUGAAAGGAUCUUCCACAAGAUCUACAUCCAACGCCAUGACAACGUCAGUAUCCUGUUUGCUGAUAUCGUGGGGUUCACCAGUCUGGCGUCCCAGUGUACAGCCCAGGAACUGGUCAAACUACUCAACGAGCUCUUUGGGAAGUUUGAUGAGCUGGCCACAGAGAACCACUGUAGGCGUAUAAAGAUCUUGGGAGACUGUUACUACUGUGUGUCAGGUCUGACCCAGCCCAAGACUGACCACGCUCACUGCUGCGUGGAGAUGGGCCUGGACAUGAUCGACACCAUCACGUCGGUAGCGGAGGCCACCGAGGUGAAUCUGAACAUGCGCGUGGGUCUCCACACGGGCCGGGUUCUGUGUGGGGUCCUGGGACUGAGGAAGUGGCAGUAUGACGUAUGGUCCAACGAUGUCACACUGGCCAACGUGAUGGAGGCAGGGGGACUGCCUGGGAAGGUCCACAUCACCAAGGCGACCCUGGACUCCCUGAAUGGAGACUAUGAGGUUGAACCAGGCAACGGUCAUGAGAGAAAUGCCUUCCUCCUCAAACACCAGAUCGAGACCUUCUUCAUUGUGCCAACUCACCGACGGAAGAUAUUCCCAGGAUUGAUUCUCUCGGAUAUAAAACCUGCCAAAAAGAUGAAGUUUAAGACGGUGUGCUACUUGCUGGUGCAGCUCAUGCACUGUAGGAAGAUGUUCAAGGCAGAGAUACCCUUCUCAAACGCCAUGAACUGUGAGGAUGGUGACAAGCGGAGGGCCCUGCGGACGGCUCCAGAUAAACUGCGGAACCGGACUUCGGUGUCAGCUAACGUGACCCAGGCCAGCCCGGGCACGCGGGUCAACCGCUACAUUGGUCGUCUGAUCGAGGCGAGGCAGACAGAGUCGGACACAGCUGACCUCAACUUCCUUACACUCAUGUACAAGUGCUCUGAGCGCGAGCAGAGGUACCACCAGCUACACGAUGAGUACUUCUCCAGCGCUGUAGUCCUCUCUCUAAUCCUAGCUGCCUUGUUCGGCCUUGUCUACUUUCUCAUCAUCCCACAGGGAACAGUGGUUCUGGUCCUACUGGUCACCUGCAUCUGUUUCCUAGUAGUUUGUAUCAUGUACCUGCAUGUCACUAAAUUACAGUGUUUUCCAGGGUGCCUCACCAUUCAGAUCCGUACCGUUCUGUGUGUUCUCAUAGUGCUCUUAAUCUAUGCUGUAGCCCAGGCCUGUGUGGUGGGCUGCAUGCCGUGGCUGUGGGGUAGUGCCCACCACUCCAACAGCUCCAUCGUCAACAUGGAUACAGCAGGCCCGCUACGAAGCUUCAACCGUACUUUGAUGGAGCUGCCGUGCGACGGUGCCCGCUACGCGUUCUUGUCAUGCGUUGUGGUCACGCUGACACUGGCGCUCUUCCUGCGCGUAUCCUGGAUGCCAAAGAUGGCACUGUUGCUCCUCCUGGGGGUGCUGUAUGUCACUGUGCUGGAGCUCAGCGGAUUCAGACGCACCGCGAGUGGGGGGUCUAAUCUCCAGAUCCGGGGCUAUGAGCCCAUCCUAUCCCUGCUGCUGUUCACCAGUGCCCUGGCCCUCCACUCCAGACAACUGGACCUCAAACUACGACUGGACUUCCUUUGGGCCACACAGGCAGAGGAGGAGAGGGAUGGCAUGGAGAAGGUCAAGCUGGACAACAGGCGGAUUCUUUUCAACCUGCUUCCUGCUCACGUGGCUCAACACUUCCUCUUGUCCAACCCCAGAAACAUGGAUCUGUAUUACCAGUCCUAUGCCCAAGUUGGAGUGCUGUUUGCUUCCAUCCCCAACUUCAAUGACUUCUACAUUGAGCUGGAUGGGAACAACAUGGGAGUAGAGUGUCUGAGACUACUCAAUGAAAUCAUCGCUGAUUUUGACGAGCUCAUGGAUAAAGAAUGCUAUAAGGACAUUGAGAAGAUCAAAACCAUAGGCAGCACCUAUAUGGCAGCUGUGGGUCUAGUCCCCACCAUCGGAACAAAGGACAAAAGAUCUGUCUAUGAUCACCUGAGCACAGUUGCAGACUAUGCUAUUGAGAUGUUUGAUGUGCUGGAUGAAAUCAACUACCAGUCAUACAACGACUUUGUCUUGAGAGUGGGUAUCAACGUGGGUCCGGUGGUGGCGGGUGUGAUCGGGGCCAGGAGGCCUCAGUAUGAUAUCUGGGGGAACACAGUGAACGUGGCCAGUCGCAUGGACAGCACCGGAGUCCCUGGCAAGAUACAGGUAACAGAGGAUGUGUACCGUAUCCUGGGGGAUAACUAUGACCUGGUGUGCCGGGGGAAGGUCAGCGUGAAGGGUAAGGGUGAGAUGCUCACCUAUUUCCUGGAGGGCAAGGUCCACAGCGCGGGCUGCGCCACCACCUCCUCCGUGGUGCGCUCUGCCAGCCUGAACCGCCGCGCCCACUCCUGCGGCAAGGCCAGCGUUCCCACCAAACUGGGCAGUGUCAACUCUGUCGCCAGCUUCACAGUUCGAGCCAGCAUGGUUAGCCUCGGUGGCACGGGUAACAGCAGCUCUAGCCCCAGUGUCAGUGUCAGCAUCCACCCCAUGCCAUGCUUGCCCUCACCCUGCGUGCCCACUCUGGGAGAGGAGGAUGAAGAAGAGGAGACAGAUUUAGAUGUGGGAGGAGUGGUGGUGGAACGGGUGAAAGAAUUGGCGGUGUAG